CGGGGGACACGGGGGGACACCGGACCCUCCCCGGGACCGCGGGCUGGCACCGAGCGCGCGCCGUGGGCGGAGCCACAGCACCGGUGAAGGGGGCGUGGCUUAACCAACACCGACCAAUCAGCUUCGGGGGCUCGGCCAGGCCACGCCCCUUUCGCGAUGGCGGCGCCCGGGAGCCACGUGGGGACCGGGGGGGGGCGGGGGGCAGAGGAAGAGAACGGGGAAGGGGAAGGGGAAGGGGAAGAGGAAGAGGAAGAGGAGCAAGAAGAAGAAGAAGAAGAAGCAGAGGCGGCGCUGCGGGCCGUGUUCCCCCGCGACCCCGCGCUCUUCUCCGAGCUGUUCCCGGAGCGGCGCCGGUUCCGGCUGUGCGGGCGCGUCCUGCACAUCGCGGAGCACCACGGGCCGCGGCUCGGGCCCGCCGGGGCCGUCUGGGAGGCGGCCCUGUCCCUGUGCCGGUUCCUGGGCGAGCAGAACCUGGAGCUGGCGGGGCGGCGGGGUCCUGGAGCUGGGGGCCGGUACCGCAUCGUGGGGAUCUUCGCUGCCAUGCUGGGGGCGGAGGUGACGCUCACGGACCGGCCGCCGGUGCUGCCGCAGCUCCGGGAGAACGCGCGGCGGAAUUUCCCGGGGGGCGCGGGGGCACCGCGGGUGCGGGCGCUGCGCUGGGGGCGCGACCAGCGCCGCUUCCCCCCCAAAUUCCACCUGAUCCUGGGCUCCGACAUCGUGUACGACCCCCGCGCCUUCGCCCCGCUCCUGGGCACCCUCCGGCACCUGCUGGUGCCCCCGGCCCGGGCGCUGCUCAGCGCCCGCCUGCGGGGCGGCGAUGCCGGAGCCUCCCGCUUCUUCCGCCAGAUGCUGCCCCCGUUUUUUGGGGUGCGGCUGCUGCGGCGGGAGCCCGAGGGGGACAUCGAGAUCUACGCGGUGACCCCCCGGGAGGGAGGGGGAGCCCCCCCGGGGCAGGGCAGGGGGGGCGCAGCCCGGCCUGGGGUCUCUUUCGGGGGGCCCGGGGGGGGCACGGAGGAGGAUUAA